AUGCUGCUGCCAUGGGCAGCUGUGCUCCUUUGUGCCAAUGCGCAAGAGUUGGCGCUGGGCAUCUAUGGCGCAAUGACCACUUUUACACAGCUCCACAUAGCCGUGGUGGUCACCUUUGACCUGGACCUACGCAAGAACUUCGACGCGAGCGUCCGGGCCCGUUACGGGCCUCCCAUCAUUCAGAUCCCCAACUUGCACCCGGGGGUAGCGAACAUCACAUUUCGCAUCGGCACCAGUCACGCAAUGACGGAUAUUGGUGUGGGCACUGCGUUGGAUUUCACGCUUGGCUUGGAUGGAGAGACCCCAGUCGUGGGCUUGGUGGGCGGAGUAUAUUCUGGCAUUGCCAUGCCAGUUGCCAGCAUCGCAGCCACACAGAAGGUCCCCCAGAUCGCUUUUGGAGCGACCAGCCCUGCUUUGUCCAACAAGGAGCACUUUCCGUACUUCUUAAGGACAGUGCCACCAGAUAGCAUUCAGGGCCGAGCAUUCUGGAAUUGGGUCGUCGUAUUCCAAGUGCCAAUGGUAGUUUGCUUGUAUGGCAUCGAGCCCUAUGGUGAAGGCCUUUACUUGGCCAUCAGGGAACAGGCAGAUCUGGCCAAUGAGGAUGGACGCAUCCGGAGCGCUGGCCUGCGCAAUAUGCAGGUGAACUUCGUUGUGGAAGAAGGUCAGGCCGCCAUUGACAUUGCAAAGUCAUUCGGCUCUCCCUUCAUUUUUCUUUGCUUCACCACCGCGCUGGGCAAUCACUUGUGGCCACUCAUGGAGAAUGCAGGCAUGUUCGGCCCAAGUUGGCAACUCGUGGCAUGUGAAUCCUUGACAGAGCUUCCAUUCCCUGUUGGUGCUAUGCGGUGGUCUCCUUCAAGCACCGGUCCCAAAUAUGUGGAUUGGUUGGACCUUUGGGGCAACCUGACUGCGGACGAUGUGUUGUCCACAGCUGCAAGAGAGCGCUAUAAGAUUGACAACUUCAGGGUGCCUUUGAGUCAAGCUACAGCUCCUCCCAUCACAGAUGCUACCUUCGAGAAUCGCGAGGUCUUCGUCUACGAUUCUUUCCUUUUCGAUGCGAGUUAUACCUUCGUGCUUGCCAUCAAUGACCUGCUGAAUAGUGGAACACCGCUUGCAGACAUCAAGGGAGAGACUCUCCUAAACCAAAUAAAGACGACACAGUUUGAAGGCAUCUCGGGAGCGGUGAGUUUCGACCCCAACGGUGACCGGCUCGCGGCCUACCAGUUUUGGAACAAGGAACCUGAUGGGGAGUUCCACAUCACCGGCAUGUUCCACGCUGCCACCAACCAGCUUGAGCUUCCAGGCGAUGGGGUCUACUGGAUGAAUGGCCAAAAGUUGCCAAUGCCUCCAGCGGAGCUCAUUGAUUGCAGCAUUGGCUUCUACAAGGACGAAGCGACAAGAAAGUGCGAAGCCUGCCCCAAAGGCUUUUAUUGCGCGGGCAGUGCGCCCGAACCAUGCCAAGCCGGGACGUUCUCCAACGUGAUCGGAGCAGCUUCCUGCACGCCUUGUGACUUUGGUACCUUUGCCAGCGAGAUAGGCUCUACGCAAUGCACGAGUUGCUACCCAGGCUUCUUCGCAGACAAGGGGGGCAUGGAGGCCUGUCAGAAGUGCCCAAAAGGUACGUACAUGCCGAGUUUCAAAGCAACAGCUUGCAUCCAGUGCGGUAUGCAACAGGAAACGGAGGAGAGCGGAUCCCAAGAUGACGAUGAGUGCCGCUGUGCACAAGGGUCCUUCAUGUGCAAUGAGAGCUUGGCAACAGCAAGUUGCCAGCCUUGCCCUGAGGGCCUCACAUGCCCUGCAGGACUGGACCCACCAGUUCAGCAGCCGGGCUUUUGGGCGGAACCGACCGCCUGCAAUUUCAAAGUCUUGCGCUGCCGAAACCAAUUGGAAUGCCCAGGCUUAGCUUUGGGCGAGUGUGCCAAAGGGCGCGACGGGAUUGCCUGCAACAAUUGCCACUUCAACCACUACCCGCUGGAGAACGGGACCUGCGAGCUUUGUGGACCAGGUGAUUAUUGGCCUUCAAUCCUGGCAGGGCUGAUUGGAGUUCUGGUGGCCAUCCUGCUCGUGCGCUCAGCCAAAGUGGAUCUCAAUCAGCAAAGCCUGAAUCUGUUGACAGUCGCUGCAGUGGCGAGUCAGACCAUAACAGCCUUGCAAGCUUUGGGGUCCAUCCGGAAGCUUGCAGUUGAGUGGAUCUAUCCCGUGCGAAGAAUCAUUGAGCUCACUAAGAUUGUCAGCUUUGACCUGGACGUCAUCAAGAUCUCGUGCAUUUUGGGUCAAGACAGCCCCACCUUGAAAUUCAUUGGUCAGCUUCUCCUUUGGCCGAUGGGCCUUGGUGUUUUUCUGACCUGCUGGCUGAUCUCUCAGCUGAGGGGUGAUAAGAUGUCCUUGGAUACCGUUUUUCAACUUGGUGGUGUCCUGGUGUUUGCACUUUUCAUUUCGAUCACCUUGGCUGUCUUGGAUCCCUUCUUGUGCAUCCAAAAUCCCGAUGGAUCUUCUUCAAUGGCUUCCAGUCCGGGCGUCGUUUGCUUCAACUCAGAGGAGCAUGUCUGGCUGGCGUUCCUGUCAAGUCUAGGGAUCCUUUGCUACCCUUUGCUUGUUUUGAGCUGGGCCACUUUUACCACUUUGAUGUAUCCGUCCAGAAUCAAUAGUGGUGCCGGGCUGAAGCUGGUGCGCCGGCAUGGGUUUCUUUUUCAGCGCUUCACCCGGGAAUGCUAUUUCUACGGAACGCUGCUGUUGCUGCGGAAUAUCAUCGUGUCGCUGGUUCCGGUGGCCUUUGCAGCAGUCCCUGAGGUCCAAAUGGUGAUCAUGGGCGCUGUUUUGGUGACGUUUGGUGCAGUGCAAGUUCGCUUGUGGCCUUGGCGUACAACACUGGCCAAUUACACAGAUCUUGCAAUCACCUUCAUCCUGCAGGUGGUCUUGCUUGGCAUAGCGCCAUUAUUGGAGGUAGAAGAGGGAGUGUCCACGGAGAUACUGGGUUGGAUUCUUACGUUCAGCGUGCUCAGCCCAUUCGUGGCCGGCAUCGCUGCCAGCACCUUCUGCGUUUUGUGCCACUUUCAUCCUCCCCUCGACUACGGCAUCUUUUUGUGCCACCACAAAGGUGGCGCCGGAAGCCUUUGUCGCCUCAUCAAGCUCUUGAUUUCGAAUCACAGCAAGACAAGGGUCUUUCUGGAUUCAGAUGAGCUGGAGGAUUUGGAUCUCAUUUUCGACACUAUCCGUCUGAAAACCAGGAGCGUGGUAGUGGUUUUGACGCCUGAGCUGCUGACACGCAUGUGGUGUGCCGGCGAAAUCGUGACCGCCUUCAAGAACAAGGUGAUCACCGUCCCAUUGAUUUGCGAUGGGUACCUUCCACCUUCCACGGCUGACAUUGAAGGAAUACCAGAAGUAUGGACAGUGCAACAGAAGCAAAUUCUGUCCUUCUAUGGUAUCACUAUGGAGGAUGUGCAGCGCGCCUACGCUUGGUUGCAUGAUGAACUCGAGGCCCUCAUUUUGUCUCGCUUCGCACCACCGCAUCAUCGCGAGAACACCGUGGUGGAACUGCUUAGCAUGGUGAGGGCGCCAAUGCUGUACUUCCGUUCCAUGGAUGGUACGAAAGCUGCCAACCACAAAGUAAAGGCGCGUGUGCUUAUCACAGGAGCCGUCAGCGAUGGAGAAGCGCUUGCAACCUUGGAGGUGUUUCAAAUCAUGUUGCAGAAACAGCUUCACAAAGAAUGUGCAGUAGUGCAAACUCCAACGGCGUUGGUGGCCUACAAGCCAUGGGCAUAUUACUUUGUCAUCCUUCUUUCACGGGGUAUGCUCCGCGAUCCAGGCUUUGCAGAGACUCUCUUAAGCGCCUAUGUCGAAGGAGAAGGCGUCAGCUCUCGUCCACUCGAGAUGGUCACAGUCAAUGCCGAUACGCACUUUGAGUUUCCAAGCGCCGAGUUCUACCGGGACUUGGAGGAACACAGCCUGCCCGGGGUGGAGCUGCACCUGGGGCCUCAUCUGUCAAAGGCCUACCGAGCCAUGCUGAAUGUUUUAGCCUUGCCUUUAUCGCCCAUGGGCUCCGAGGGGCUCCUGACGAAGCAGGUCGCCGAGAUCGCCCGGCGCUUCCGGCGCUACCAAAGUGCUGGUUUUGCCGAGAGUUUGGAUGACGAGGAUGAUCGGGAAGCCGGCGGCGAUGGAGUGAAUCCUCACCAGCUACAGCUAGAGAUGGGUAGUCUUCCAGACCAAGAAAGCUUUCUCAGCAGGGCUCAAGCCAGAAAGAGCCUGAAGAGAAUCGGGAAAUCAGUGGCCUACACCGAGACAGGCGCCUUGAUCCAGCUAGACCUUGAUGAUUUGAGUGAAGCCUCGGACGACCACCCUUUGAUCACAGAGUCUGCGACGGCAGAAGUUCAAGCGACGGCCCCUUGGCCCGAGGGCCCCGACGUCUCGGGGCCUUUGGCCGAAGGCGAGUUGAUCCGAGAAUCGAUGUAA